AUGAGUAGGGCACCGCCAGUGAAGGGACAUCAAAAGACGUCCUCUCAUUCGUCAAUUGAUCUUGCUCGUCAAUAUGAAUUAGACAUCUCGAGAAUCAACAAGUAUCUGUUCAGAGAGGUGGAUCAAUCUGGCCAUCGUUCAGAAAGAUACCUGGCUCAUGUUCGUGUUAUUGAAGACUCCAAGUCCCAAUCUGUUCGUCCUCCUGACAACAGUCCUGCCAGAAACAAGAAGGACCGUAUUCUGAUCCUGUCUGUGAGAUCGUCUGGACGGAUUCGUCUCCACAAGGCACGAGAAAACCCAGAUACAAGUGUUCAGAUCGGAAGAACAUGGGAUUUCGAGGAACUCACCAAAAUCGAGCUAGACCCGGUGAUCCCUACUGGUUUCAUCUUUGAGAUGACCAAGAACUACUUCUGGGAAACAGGAUCUCCGAAAGAACGCAGGGUGUGGAUCACCUCUGUACUCGAGCACUACAUUCGCUAUACAAGGGGUAAGAAACUUCCUCAAUUGGUUAACUGUUCCGUGGAAUAUUUCCAUCUCGGGCCGUUGCUCCAGAAGUAUGGUCCUCAGGCUCCGUCGCGGUCUGCCACAGCAGAGAGCAACGGGUCUGGGUCCAGUGGAAUCCGCACUGCUACGUCUGCCACGACACCUACAACACAUAGUUCGCCUUCUAAGUCUUUCGGACCUCCGUCUUCGGCGCCUACGAUGCUUGAUAAAAGUGAUCCUCGCUCGCGCGAAGUUCAACGUGCAGCUUCCGCCCUGAAGGGGGUUGAUAGAGACCAGGAACGCAGAGACCGAGAGCUCAAAGAAAGGCAAACCAGAGAGCGCGAGGCCAAGGAAAGAGAGAGGAAAGAAAGAGAACGGAAAGAACUGGAAGCCAGGGAGCUCCAGAGACGCGAGUACGAGCGACAGCAGGCUGCAAUUCGCGAGAAAGAACGACAAGAGGCAGAAAAGCGAGAACGACAACGACAGGAAGCAGCACGUCAAGAGAGAGAGCUGCAACUUCAAAGAGAAGCCGAAGACAAAGCCAGAGAACAGGAACGGUUGGAACAAGAAAGGAGAGAAGCAGAACAGACCGAGGCUCUGCGUACCCUGAAUAGCAACACAGGAACCAUAUCUGCAAGAUCCAUUGAGUUCGUUGGACACCAUAGAUCUAUGCAGGAGGUUGAGGACUACACACAGGAUGAUGAUGAGUAUGAUGCGGUGUUUGACGACUAUGCGGACAGGGAGCCCGAAACAGCACCACUAAAUUUCGGACCAAGUCCGUCGAUUCCUGAGAAACCCGAAAUUGUCAUUGAUUCGAGUAAGGUUUCCUCGCCUGUGCCAUACAACGUCUCGAAUGUGGAGAAAUUUGUUCCUGAAUUUAGUGACUCAGAAGAUGAUCAAGAACGUGAUACCACGAUAGAGCUGUUACGUCCUCACGCCAGGUCCAGAGCGUUUAGUACCAAUGGAUCUGGAGAUCGAAAGACUGGAGAUUUGAGCGAACUUCUUGAUGAGAUCGGAUGGGAUCCGAAAUUGGACGAUUCCAAAUCUCUGCAGAAGAAGCUGCUGAAGGAACUUGAGAGAAUUCAGUUCCAAAGGAUCGAUUCCCUUACUGACGUUGUCGACUCCACGUCUUCAGUGAGUCAAGCUAUCAGCAAGUCAUUACGCGAAUGUGAGACAAUUGAUCCAAUCCUGUCGUUCUAUGGCGUCCAGUUAGCUUCUUUCCAAGACGAGGUUGACCAUAUCGAGAAACAAGGUCAUGGAAUACAAGUUGAGGCAACAAACAAAAAGCUGCUGAAGAAAGAGCUGGAUGAUAUUUUGCAUUCUGUUGAUAUUUCUGACAGAGAACUCAGUCUUUUGUUGAACGAACGCAUAUCUACUGGCCAGCAAAACGGUGCUCUGGAAACAGUUUUGACCAGCUUGUACGCUGCGCUGACCAAGAUCAGAGGAGAUGACUCUGACGAUGAAGAAAUGGGUCAAAUGAGAGCUUUGGAGGAGAAGAAGUCCAAGUACGAGAAGGCUACUCAGCUGUUCAUCAAUAACUUGAAGAAAUAUGUUGACCAGCUGUUUGCAGCGUCGGUUACCAGCUUGAACUCAAAGCUCCAAACAGACAAGACACUGGAGUCGAUCAGACCUUCGAUGGAAAGAAAACUCUCAGAAUUGAUGACAUUGCAAGGGUUGAUUGCCUUUGUUAAGCAAGUGUCUCCAAGUGAUUACAAGGAGAUCUUGGCCAGCCACCAGAACGCUUUUGCGCAAUUCUAUGUCAACUUGGUUACUGUGCUGACAGAGAAGUUCAAUUCCGAGCAGCAGUCAGUGAAACAUGUUAAGUUUUCGUUUGCAAACGAGCCAAAAGAUCUGAUCACACACAGAUCAAAGAGACCGAAGUCGUCUGCCGGUUCUAGGAAGCCAACUUCCAACAUGAAGAUUUUGGAAGAGUUAGGGUUUGGGGCUUCGUCCCAGACAACAAUAUUGACAUCUCCAGAACCUGCCGAGAAAGAUACCCGUGGAUCGCUGUUGCUCGAAGUGCUGAGACUCUUUUUCGACUCGUUGAUUUUACAUCAGCGUUUCGUGAUCCAAUUCUUCUCUCUGUCAUCGUCUGAAGAGUAUAAUUUCUCCAACUUGACCAAGAAACCGCUUGCGUCUCGCGUUCAGGAGUUCACCGAACCUACAACUUCGCCAAUGGAAGCCGAUCGCGAUGUCAGCGACCAGAUCUUUAAUGUCAUGCAUAUGAUAGUCGGAAAUUCAGAGAAUGGGUUGCUGAAGUUCCUCAUGAACACCAUCAAGCAAGACAUGCUCCAAUAUCCAAUCACAGCUCUAUUUACACAGAAACUAGCACACGAGCUCUCCUCGACCAGUCAGGAGUACGUUGUCAACAUGCUGACACGUACCGAGUCCAAGUUAUCGUUGAUCUGGACUAGACAUCUUGACAGUCAACUGCACAUUAUCGAGGAGGAGCCUGCAGCAUUAAAGGUCUACAAGUUUGUAAAGGCCUUCCCUGAGUUUGUGAGACGGAUCGAUGAGAGUCUGGAGCUGAAUGGUGUGACUAACAUUGCUGACUACUCUGUCCACACACAGCUUGUGCAGGACUACGAAAGACUGUGGUCUGCUAUCAACUCAAGCUUGAACAAGAAUGCCCAAUUGACUAGCCACAUUGACCAGGCUCUUGUGAGAAGCACGACACUGGAAUCGUCGCGUUUGGAUCUGACACAGACUAUCUCGUCCACCGGAGACGGGGCCGGCAACCAUCUUUCGUUGCUGUUGAACUACAACUGGUUAAGCGGAGAGAUGAAACAGCUGGCCACACUGCCUCAAUCAAUCAAGACAAACAUCGAAGAGCUGAAAUCCAAGGAGCUCAACGAUUUCUGCGAUACAUACGCGAGAACCACCUCGAUUGGCGAGCUGAUGUCUGCUCUGGAAGGAAUCGACGGUCUUGUGAAGUCUCACACCAACCCGUCGCGCACCAACGCGUACUCCACUGCCAACAUGAGCAAACUACUGAGCCGGUACGAGGCGUCCAAGCUGAAGGUGUCGAUCAAGGAGAUUGCGACGGAGCUGUCGAGCCAGAUCACUGGUAAGAUGACCAGCGACGAGGAAAGUGAGGUGAGUAGCUCCAUUGCCAAGGAUAUGGAGAAAGAGCUGUUCAACAACUGUCUGAAUUCGCUCAGCAUCAUCUACAACGUGAACUUCUCGAAACUGAACCAGGUUCUCAAGGAGUACUACGACACGCUCUCGAACCCGGUCGACAAGAUCGUCAUCAACUACAACUUCAGCAAGGAGUACCUUUAA